GCACGCGCAGUCGCUCUUCCUCAGGCGGCCGCCAUGGCGGGACAGGAGGAUCCCGUGCAGCGAGAGAUCCACCAGGACUGGGCGAACCGGGAAUACAUUGAACUCAUCACCUGCAGCAUCAAGAAGAUCGCGGACUUUCUCAACUCGUUUGAUAUGUCUUGCCGUUCAAGACUCGCAACACUAAAUGAGAAAUUGACAGCCCUUGAGCGGAGAAUAGAGUACAUUGAAGCCCGGGUGACGAAAGGUGAGACUCUCACCUAGAACUGUGCGGAGCUGCUGAGAAGUUGCUGUUGGGAUCACAGGCGGCGCGGGGCCCGGCAGCUUCUGCCCCUCCCCCUCCUCCUCUCCGCAAUGACAACAGGCCUUUCUCGUUUUUUCUUUUUUCAAAAGUGUGGCCUUUGGCGCUGCCGUGUACAUCGGGGAGUGUGAUGUGGCGUGGGGGACUGGGAAACAGCAUUAGGGGUUUGUACCUUUUGAGUAACGUUUCAUGAAGCUAUUGUUAAAUGUGGUUGAGGGGUUGAGCCGGAAGCCUGGGACUCUGUGCAGCUCCUCGCACUUCUCACUUCCAGAUUUUCCUUACCGCUCUCAUUGCCUCUGCACUGACUCCAUCAGCAGUCCUCGUGGUCUCCUCCCCGCCGCGGUGGGCCGUGGGGGUUGGGGGCAGUCCUGGCGGUGUGGCUGCCAGCGAACGAUGUUGCCAGCCCACCAGUUUCUUGUUUAAGGUCACUGCCAGGCCCUCGUGUGGCUUGAAAGGGACAUUUGCCGAGUUUUCUGUCAGUUGGGGUGUCUGUACCUCUCAUAUUUCCCUAAUAAACUCCUUAACUUUG